GACUGUGUUACCAGCUAAGUGGAGUGUACUGUGUUCUAUUUUUUAGCCUCUUGUUACAUUUAUGGAAUAUAUUUAUUGCAACAAUCAGCAUGGUUUAUAUCUAUGAUAAAUGGACUUCCAUGAAUCUGCACAUCCAAGAAAAUUAUUAAGAAAUGGCUACAGGACAAGCUUGUGAAUCGUCCGUUACUCUGUCACCGGAUGAAGUAAAUUUUCUCUCCGACUACGAUAGCCGGUUAUUCGGAUUCAUAGAUCUUGAAGGCGAAAAAGGACAUCAAACCAAGGAUCUACUUACGAAGGCUAUUUUAUAUUAUAAACAGAUGAUACAAAAUCUAAAUGGAGAAGGAGUGGAUACACAUGUCUACUGCCGAUUAGGACAUUUUCAUCUGCUCUUGAAUGAUUUUAGUAAAGCAUUAUCGGCGUAUCAGAAGUUCUUCACUCUGCAGGAAGACUACUGGAAGGAUGCAGCAUUUUUGUAUGGACUUGGCAUGGUGUAUUUUCACUUUACUGCAUAUCAGUGGGCUGUGCGAGCAUUUCAACAGGUUCUGUACAUCGAUCGUGGGUUCAGCCGUGCAAACGAGGUACAGCUAAGACUCGGACUCAUAUUUAAAGUCAAUUCAGACUACGAAGCAAGCUUGAAACAUUUUCACCUUGCUCUCUUAGACUCAAGUCCAUGUACCCUUAAAAAACCAGAAAUCAAAUUUCACAUUGCACACCUACAUGAAAUCCAGGGCAAGUACAAGGCAGCAAAGGAAGCGUAUGAAGACAUUAGUAAAAGUGAUUCAGUUUCAGAUAUUGUGCGUGCCAAUGCUCUAAGGCAAUUAGGAUGGAUGCAUCAUACAUGUGAUGAACUUGGAGACAAAUCUUUCAGAGAAAGCCAAGCCAUCGAACUUCUCCAGAAGUCCCUUGAAUCCGACCCAAACAGUGGCCAGUCCUGGUAUCUGCUAGGGCGGUGUUUCUCUAGUGUUGGUAAAGUCCAUGAUGCUUUUGUAUCCUACCGGCAUUCCAUCGACAAAUCCGAAGCCAACGCAGACACCUGGUGCUCCAUUGGGGUACUUUAUCAGCAGCAGAAUCAGCCUAUGGACGCAUUGCAAGCGUACAUUUGUGCAGUGCAAUUAGACAAGUCUCACACCGCAGCCUGGACAGAUCUAGGCAUACUUUAUGAAGCCUGCUCUCAGCCCAGGGACGCUUUAGUUUGUUAUUCAAACGCCACCAAAACAAGCAAAGCUGGAGUAGGGUCAGCUUUAUCUGCUAGGGUCAAGUUAUUACAGGCUCAAAUGGCUACUCUACCAGCUCAACACAUGCAAGCUAAAAAUAAAACUCUGCCCACCAUUGAAGAAGCUUGGAACCUUCCCAUCCCAGCUGAACUCACCUCGCGCCAAGGAGUUAUGAAUUCAAUUCAGCAGGCACGAUUACUGCACCAGCAGAUGGUCACCAAGCCAGCUCCUCCUCCCCCUUACCCAGGGGCUCUCAGCGGUCAGUUUGCCAUGCCUAGCAAUCCCAACUGUAUUGCUCCAAGUCCUCAGCCAACGAGUAAUGGCAAGAACCCAGCUCAAUCGCAACAAGGUAAUCCAGCGAAGCGACAGAAAAAGAAAACCAAGAACUCCACAUCUGUUGCCGAACUCCUAGAACAGCAACAGCAGCAGCAACAACAGCAGCAACAAAAGCCCCCACCUGCAUACCUUACCCCCCAUCAGCUGCAGGUGAUGAAUGCUCUUCAGCAGAAUCAAGGCUCACUAACUCAGGAACAGCAGGUCAUACUAAACCAGCUACAGCAGGCAUUCUGGCUUAUGCAGCAUCAUCAACAACAGAUGCUGAAAUUACAGCAGUCAGAAGGAAUGACAAGUGGAUUGAAUGUUCAACAGAGUGCGGUAAAUUUAAGCAAUAUUCAGCAAACGAAUGCGAACACUACCAUCACCCAGGCGGGUGUCGACCCAGCCAGUGUCAUGAACACAACAGCUGUUGUUAGCUUAUCGGUAGAUGCAUCAGCUGGUUUCAGUGGGACAAACUCAGCAAUAAUGACAACAUCCAGUGGGACAGUUACUUCUGCCGACCCUUUGCACAAGACAAUAUUACCGAAUGGCCACGGGCUUGUGCCUUCUUCAACUUCUGGUCCGGUGCUCGCUGUUGGGAUGCAAGGUCAUGUAGACACUCUGCCAUUCCCUGAUUCAAAAUUAGAGCUACCUCAAAAAGUGUUUUCGCCAACUUCUGUUGAACGGGGAUCAACAGUGUCUCCAAAAGCAGUGGUAAAUAGUCCGUUACAUGCACAAAACCCGUUGUCUUUGGCAGGACCCAUGGGCCUACAGAGCCCGCAUCAACAUCCAGCACCCAAUGUAGUUGCACCACCUAGCCCGGACAUUUCCCAGAAACUGGCCGAAUUCAAAUCAAAGUCGGAAGGAGAAACAAAAACUAAGUUAUCUCCACAAGAAAUAGCGGACAGUAUGCUUUAUUCACUAACACAAGGCGAGGACUUGAGUGGUAAUCUAACCCCUGUACAAACACAUGCUGCAUCAUCUGUUGGCCAAAGUCCAUCAUCGCAAGUUUUGCCAACCAACCCCUACAGUACUACAAUUAGCGGAGAGGUGAAAUUUGUGUCCCAGUCUGAACUGGAGGCAAGGCGGACAAGUGAAGAUGCUGUGAUGCAGAAUCAAUCAUCUGUGGAAACGAGUUUAUUAAACAGUACCCCACAGGUUGGGACGUCUCCUACACAACACUCCCUGGCUCACUCACCUAGAACAUUGCCUAAUCUAGUGUCUCCAACACAGAGGGAACCGGUGGAAAAUGUGAGCACGCCGCGAAGUAAUGAAGCCAAGUCUCCUCGUAGUGAGGCAGGAACAGCCUCAGUCGAAGGCCACCUUAAUGGAAGCAUUGCAUUUGAUAAGGCAGUUAAGAUGAGUAAUCCAAGUAGCAACAGCACAUCCCAGAAUGCGUACAGCUGUGCUGCAGCAGUAUUGGAAUCAUGUCGGAGUAAGAACGGCAUAAGGUGUUCAAAUAGGUUUAUGGACAAGCUGCCACCGCCGACCCCGCCCCCAUCCCCUUAUCCUCCUCUUCACAAAGAUCAGCUCAAUCCACCAACCCCUAGUGUUUUUAUUGAAUCAAAGCACGAUGCUUACUCAGAAGCGCUAGCCCAUCACUGUCUACAGCCUAACCAGCCUAUCACAGUCAUCCGAGGUCUCGCCGCAGCGCUCAAGCUUGACCUAGGCCUCUUCUCCACCAAGACACUGGUUGAGGCAAACAGUGAACACACGGUUGAGGUGCGGACUCAGCGCCAGCAGCCACCAGACGAAAACUGGGACAUGGCUGGUCUGAAGAAGGUGUGGAAAUGUAACAGCAAUCGGUCUUUCACCACCAUCGCAAAAUUUGCCCAGUACCAGGCAUCGUCAUUCCAAGAAUCACUCAGGGAAGAAGCAGAGAGAAGUUCACAAGAUUACCACAACUCAGAUGCUGACCCAAGUUCAAAUAAAAGAAAACGAACUGUUGGCAAGGAAUUCAAGAUGUUAAAGUUUGGAACGAAUGUGGAUUUAUCUGAUGAAAAUAAGUGGAAGAAGCAGUUGCAUGAGUUAUCCAAGCUCCCCGUGUUCACCCGGAUAGUGUCUGCUGCCAAUAUGCUUUCCCACGUGGGCUACCAGAUUCUAGGUAUGAACACUGUCCAGCUGUACAUGAAGGUUCCAGGCAGUCGAACACCAGGUCAUCAAGAAAAUAACAACUUUUGUUCUGUGAACAUUAACAUUGGACCUGGUGACUGCGAAUGGUUUGCUGUGCCUGAGCCUUACUGGGGAGUCAUACACAACCUCUGUGAAAAAAAUGGUAUCAAUUUUUUGACCGGUUCUUGGUGGCCUGUACUGGAAGACCUCUAUGAAGAGAAUGUGCCUGUGUAUAGAUUUGUACAGCGGCCCGGUGACUUGGUGUGGGUUAAUGCUGGAGCUGUCCAUUGGGUUCAAGCUGUGGGUUGGUGCAAUAACAUAGCAUGGAACGUUGGCCCUUUGAAGGCUUACCAGUUCAAACUUGCUGUAGAACGUUAUGAGUGGAAUAAACUUCAAAAUUACAAAUCUAUAGUACCCCUCAUGCAUCUAUCUUGGAAUAUGGCACGAAACUUGAAAGUGUCCGAUCCAGAAUAUUUUGAAAUGGUCAAUUACUGUUUGAUGAGGUCACUGCGGAAAUGUCAGAUGACCCUAGAUAGCCUGAAGGAGGAAAAUGUGCAAGUGCAUUGGCAUGGACGGUCAAAGAAUGAAGCUGCGCAUUACUGCGUCAAUUGCGAGGAGGAGGUGUUCAACGUCUUGUUUACAACUGAGAAGGACAGAAAAUAUGAAGUGAACUGUGAGGACUGUGCAAGGCGAGCAAGCCCUAAUCUGGAAGGAUUUGUGAUUCUGAAGCAAUACACCAUGGAAGACCUAAUGCAGGUUUAUGAUGGAUUCACACUCCAGCAGCCUGUUUUAAAACACAAAUCAUGACCAACUGUCAAAUGCACUGGAGAUUAUAUGCCGUAAGCUAGGAACGAUGACACUGCGCCCUGCAUGCCGGGGGCUUCUUAUCCAACUGGAGAAGCACUUCCCAGACAUCGGCAAAUGACAUGGACAAUCACGGAACAGCUUGCAAUUUCAACUUCAAUCUCAAAACCACCUGUACAUAUGUUACUCAUCGUUGAUAUCAUAUUUUUAAGGAUGUUGAUACUUAUAAGAUUUCUAUUUGCAAAGAUUUUUUUUUUUUUGUGUCUAGAAUGAUAACAUGUCAAGAAAAGAUAUUGAUCGAAAUGUACAGUCCAUUUCUAUAUAGUUGGAUCCUUUCUGACAUUUUUUUUUAAAUUUAGGAAUUUUGACCUGCGGGUUAGCAAUUGUUUCUUUACGGGUGCAUUCAAAAGUAGGUUUGGUGAAGGUUUUAAGACCAGUAUCCAAUCUGCUGGACUUAAUAUAUUGUUUUUCGGCAGACAAUGGGUGUUGAAGGGCAAGUAGUUGUAUAAUUUUGUUGAAAUGUUUUUUUGAAGAUAUCAUAGACAAUUUUCAUCUGUAAUCAAUCUAUUCUGAGUUGAACAAUCUUUUAAUUUAUUUUCCCACAUGUUAUGAGUCUUCUUUCCAUCAUCAGUCGAAAGUCAGAUAUGGGCAUCUUCUGUUUAAAUAUUUGGGUCUUGGUUUGUUUUAAAGGGGUUUUAAUAUGUAUUCUUCUGCUGGACUGUGGUUGUGUGUGAAAUUUCAAUCACAAAUUAAAUUGGAAUUAUAUUUUCAUUUCUGAGUUGUGUUAUGGUUCCCUGUAAACAUCCUUAUGAUUAUUUUAUUUAAAAAGAGAAUAUAAUUUCUUUAAUUUAUGAUUGGUUGAAAACUAUUUAAUAGUUAUGACCACCUUACCCUCCACGAUGGAUGUGGAAAUCGUGUAUACCACUCCAAUUUGAUCAGUCAAAAAAUAACUAAAUCAAACAAAGGAUAAAAAGAGAAAAACUCUGAAGAAGUAAUUCCAUUGCGAUAACUGUGUUUUUUAAGGUGUGAUGUAGAGACAGCUGCAGUCCCAGUAGAUUUAACAUUCAACUAGAGUUAGAUUUUACAACAGUGGCUGUAGGAGACAAUGGCAGUGUAGUACUGUACAUGCAUGGAAUAUUUUGUUGAGCCCAAUGAGGUACUUCGCCCUGGUUGCUUUUUGUUGUUGGUGUGGUUAGGAAUGUUUUUGCCUGAUACAAGGGCUGAUAUUUACGUUCAUCUAUGCAAACCAGGUAAUUGUGUUUGUAGAUACAAUAUGCUGCAAAGUUUCCAUCAAUAUAUAUUAUAUAUAUAUACAUAUAUCUCUAUACAGUUAUAUCCUUUCAUAUCAUCUAGAUUAUUAGCAGUGUUAUCUCUUUCUGAGUUAUGUUGUUAGAGGGCACUUUCUGACCACUUUCCUUAAUAAGUUGUUUUUUGGGAGCGUUGUUUUUUUGUCAUUAUGAAUGAAUUUUUUUUAAAUCUAAUCGUGAAAAAAUGGAUACAGAAUGUGUGUAAAAUAAAUUAAUUCACAGUCAAAAUUCAUUUAUUUAAACAUAAAAUAUAAUAACAUUUAAUUGCCAAAAUAAUGGACAAAGUGAACUGGUUUAUCCUAAUCUAAGGUAUAUGAAAACAAUACUGGGAUAUAUCCAAUUAUAAAGAUACUAUUUCAACAUUUUUUUGUCACCAAAUUUUUUUAUUCAAUGAAAUUUGUAUACAAUAUGAAGAUCUAGUUCAGUAUAAUUGUUUCAAGUAAGAGUUUCCUAGAAGGCCUUCUAAAUAUUGCUAAAUGUGUCGUCAUUAUGAACAACAAUGUGAUAUCUAAGAGCAAAAUAACAAUAGUUAAAAACCUUGUAAGUCAUGCUUCCAAGCUUUUCAAUUUAUAAUGUUAUUUUGAAUAUGCGAUUAGAGUAACUGACCUUACAGCUUGAGUAAUGAUUUACCGAUGACAAUUUGCCUUUGUUGGUUCUUCUUCCAUAAUACCUGUUCAGGGAUUGUUACAGACUUUUCAAGUAUAACUAAAUUAAUGUUAUACCCCUUUUUUUUAAACAUUUUCUAUUUGCAGAAAAACAUUAUUUCUCAAUUCUAUAUUCAAGUAAUUCCUCUCAAUUUUGGUGUAAAAAACUGAUAACAUGAAGUGAUAACAUAAACUGAUAACAUAAACUGUUUUACUAACAACCAUUGCAGAAAUAUACAUUGACUACUGGUGUGUGUGGUUCAUUUCCAUGGUUUUCUUGUACCAACACAAAAACUAAUUAACACAAAGAAAAACAGUUGUUCUGUUAAAUUGUAUUAAAAGAAAGUUUCUUAAGAGUUUUUUAUUUGAAUAAAUGCAUUUAUUAGGAUAAUAAAUAUAGUAUUCUAUUAGAUAUUGGCCUUAUUAAAAAUGGCACUGUUCUUAACAAAGUUGCGUUUUUGGGAAGGAUUUCUUAUCUUCAUAUUUUUUUUUUUUUUUUUUUUUUUUUUUUUUUUUUUUUUUUUUUUAUUAAUACUGAGAUGUACAAGGACAAAUUGUCUUUGAGUUAGUAUUAAUAGGUGAUAUUUAAAGUACUAAUACACAACUAUGAAGAAAAUAUAGUUUCUAUGCUGGCAUUGUAUAGUGAGCCGAUGUAUAUAUCGGUUCGUCAUUACUGUAUAUACCACUUCAUUAGUGACCAAGCAUAGAAUGUUGUGUACAAAUUACCACAAACGCUUGUGAUUUCUUUAUACAUUUGUAAAAAAAAAGAAUACAAAACGAAAAGCAGAAUAUGUUGUGAUUUGUUUUUUAUAUUCAUGUGAAGUCUCAUAGUUUGAGGCCCACUUUAUAUUGUUUAUUGUUUUUACAAGCAAUCAACAAUAUUUUUUGUUUUUAACUUGAAAUAACCAAGAAUCUACAUAUCUGCUAAACUUAUCUGAUGUGUAAAUGUUAAGAUUUUUUUCUUUAUAUUCUAAGUUGUGAUGUGACAUCCAUUCCAUGUGAAUCUAUCUUUCUCAUUUUGUUUUUUUCUCUGUAGUAAAAAAUAUACCAGUUGUAAUAAUUUGUUUAUAUCAAGUGUCUAAUGCUACUAUAGUGUAAUUAUUUUGUUGUGUUGAUCCGUUCAUAUCUGCACAUGGCAGUAAGCGGGGCCAUACCUAACAGUGUCGUGCAUUCAGUCGAUGUUAGUCUUAUCUACACUUUAUUUAUAAAUACAUAUUUAUUACUGACUUAA